UAAAAAACAAACAUCGCGAUAAUCCUAGCAACCGAUUGACUAACUAUCAGUGCCAUUCACUCAAAUUUCCACAAAAAUAUUUUCGCCUCUUCAAUUUCAUUUUCAAAUUCUCAUUGAAUUAAGAUGUCGGGCGAUUUACCAGAUAUAGUUCACGACCACCAUCACCAUCAUCAUCAUCAUAGCCAUCCACCACACGACCAUUGUCAUGAGCAUAAUGAGCCUCCCGAUUGUAUCAAGGAAGAAACGUCCCAGUCCUUACCCAUAUCCAAAAAAAUCCCGGUCAAGAAUCAAAAUCGUGUCUAUGCACUACACACAAUUCCCGAUCCUAAGUACAAGUGCGACAGUCCUGUAAAGACAGAGCUAAUGGAAUGUGACGAUAAUGGUGAAAGAUCAUCGUCGCAGAACUGUAAUGCAGUUGAUUUCAGCGAAAAAAUUCCAUUCCAUCAUCCCGGUGAACCGAUCGGUGCCUUAGGACCAUGGGCAACUGGACGAGUGGACUGGAGUCCAUUAGCUGGCUUAACUGGAACUAGGCCAGUGGUUGAUCGUUAUUCCAUAACUCGUUUCAGCACCGACGAAUGGAAAAUGCGCAAUCAAAAUUUAGUGAAUAAAGCGAACGAUUCUCUAAAUCGGUCCAUCAAAACUGAAAACGAUGGUAAGAACGUAAUGUCUCGAACGUUUUCGAUAACCGAUCAAGCUCAAGAGGAUAAUACGAAGCGACUGACCAAUCGAACGUGCGACAUAAAUGUUGGUAAAAGCACCUUGGAAAGAGCGAUUGCCGCACACGUCGAUGAAAUAACACUGUUGGAAAACGAAAGAAAUCGCCUUAAACGAUCCUUAGCAGCCGUGGGUCUGCCUGAACGAAUAGCCAAGGAAUGCCUCGAUCGAAGAUGUGGUCGAUCUGAUACGGAAUUGGUCAGAGAUGUGCCCGAAGAAGAAUUGGUGAGAGAGAUAGCUCUGAUCGGCGAAAUUCAAACUACUCUGAAAAAAACACUGAAAAAUGUGGAAGAUCAGCAAAUUGAGAAUCGAGCAGCACGGCAACGAUUAGAAUUUGAUUGGAGUGACAAAAAGGAUGCGUCCGAAAUCGAUGCUAUCAACGCCGGACUAAACAGUAAAUCGUCGACCAUACUUUUCAAGCAUGGCGCAACUAGAUUCAUGAAUGAGCAGUCAACUGAACGCUACUGGAAACAUUUUACCGAACAAAAUCUUGAAGAAUGCGAAAGCACGAGACAGAAAUCCAUUCUUUUGCGUCAAACGCUUGAUGCUAUUUUGACGAACGCGGCUAGAGAUUUACGGACUCAGGCCGAUGCUGUGGAAAAGGCUUUACAGGAUCGAGUUUCUGCCACCGACGAAAUACGUGAGAAACUGGAAACUGAUUUGAAGGACGUUCUACACCGUCUCGCUGAGACCGAAAAACUCAUCACUAAACUAACCGAUGGCAUGAAAAGCCUAGACAAUUGCAUGAAAACCGCUCAGACACGGUUGGACAACCGGAACCGGUAUCGGGCCAACGUCGAAAAUUGUCGUGACCGAUCCAAUUUUGCAUUGGUUGAAGAAGUGAAAACGGUUCAAGACGGGAUAUCCGCAAUGGCAGCAUCGAUUCAAGAGGCAGAGAACGCAAAGCGGCAUCUAAUGGACACACGUAACGAUUUGGAACGAGAAAUCAUGCUGAAGAGACGCUCUAUUAUGAUAGAUCAAGAGCGGUGCCUAUUCUUGAGAACACAUUUCCCUCCUACUACGACACUCAGUGGAAAUUGUUGAACGGAAUUGUCGCGUUUUCAUUGCAAUUUUAUGUCAUUUCGCACUCACCCGAAUAAAAUUCCUAGUCCUUGUCGACACGCAA